AUGCCUCAGCAUUACGCUCCAGCGGUCUCAAAAGCCAAUCACCCACCACCGGAGAACGUCGCGCUCCAUACAACCGAUCUUUCGAUAUCAACUGCGAAUGCAACUGCUAGUAGGUUCCUUGGCGGUAGUCAGAAGUCCUGGCUUCAGAGCUCGCCUACAGCGGUGUCGAAUCACUCGUUCCUGCGCGCUGUACACCCCGUGAAGAAGCAGCCUGCUCAAAUAUCGAGGAAUGAGAGUGCUAAACAAAUCAACACUGGUUUAGCCCACCUGCCAUCGCCACAAUCUCCGCCCAAUGAAGAUCUCUCGUUGCAGAAUUCUAUUUUAGAAUCGGUGCCACAGCCCACCCCACCUUCUGUAGCCCAUCAAAUGCCCCAGCAGCCUCCUCGAUCGAUUCCGUCACGAUCCCCUUCUAUCAAUACAUCGCAUUCCCCAGAAUACUCUAACAUUCCUACGCCUCAUGAUAUGUUGACAGCUCCUUCACCUGUUUCAAAUGUGGAGCCAGAAAAUGGAGAACACAUAAAUGGACGCCCGAUAAGUGGCGGUACCUCUACCCUUGCCGCCAAAAAUAAUGCUGAGCCUGUUGAUACAGUGCCAUUUUUAAACAGUUUGCCUCAAGAGACAGCUAUAAAUGGUCACAGUGAUACUAGCGAAAACAUACCAAUUGCACACCAGGCAGCCACCUGCACCCCUGUACUAAGGCCGGAGUACCAUGCACCUGCCACACACAGACAUAAACGGCUAAGAACUAGCGAAAUGAGCAAUCUGCACAUAACACCUGCCUGCCAAGGAACAUCAUACUCUGAGUUACCCGCCACACUACCUGUGAAUCGUUCCCUGUGUCAUAGCAAAAGCAGCCCGAGCUUUCCUGUGCGGGUUAACCCAUGCUUCCAUGGAAUGAAUGAAAUUCUCCAGGAUCUUUAUUGCAAUCUGGAAUUUAUCAGACUGCAUGCCACACCAACAGAGCGUUCUCGUGUGGAUAUGCUUCAAUCCGUUUGUUACUAUAAUGAUUUCUUUUUCCUUGCUCUCCAUCAGGCAUUUUGUGUAUAUGCUACCAAACCAGAAUUACUUCAGAUUGUUCCAGGCUUUGGUGUAAAUCAAAUUACUGGAUUGCUAAUGUUUAAAGAUGCGCUAUUCCCUCCUGGUCGAUAUUCCGAGAGCUUUUUGACUUUGUGUAGCGAUUUUCCGGCAUCAUUUUCAGAACUGGUUCGAAACAACCAGAUAUAUACACAGGCUCUAGGAGCUGUUAUGUACUGCCUACCAUUGAUGUCCCAACGCUGGGCACCGUUUCUAAGUGUUAUUCUCCAGCGCCGUUAUCCACCGCUCAUCGACGAGCUAGUAUCCAAAUUCGGACUUCCAUCGUCCCGAAUCCGGCUUGCUCUAUUCCUUAGAUGCUGUGAACUUUUAUCCCCGGAUCGCAACUCGGAGUGGCUUUCCCGGAUAAAUACCAUUCAUUCACAAGAUCAAGCUAUAUACGAAGCAAGACUAGCGAAAGCACAAAGGGGGGAGCUGGUGUCCCCACAAACUGCCCACCAGGAGAACGUGCACAUUGCUAGCGAUUAUACACACGCCAUCUCGCUACUCGAUAAAUCUGCGAAACCAGGAGCUGGGAACACAAAUGGGACAAUGGCGGCAACGACAAAUAUACCCCCUCCACCCCCUGCUGCUGCGUUUCCUACAUCUACUGCUUCAUUUGCCAAUAUGCCAAAUGCGAGUCCCCUGACGGCUAGCUUUCCCCAGUCGCCUGGAGCCGCUCAGUUCUUUCAUGCCCCACAUCCCCAGCCCAGGGCGAUGCCUGCACCAAUAACUCGAAUCCAACAGGCUACGCAGCCCCCUGGCAAUUCCAUGAUGCACCAAAUAAAUUCUCCUCAAGUCCACAAUAUUCCUCAGCAAAGCCAUGGUACAUUUUCUCUUCAACCCCAAGCCCAAAUACCAGCCCAAAAUAGGAAUCCGAACGCCCCUCAAUUUCAGCCCCCUAUCCGUGGUUACUUUCGGCAAAGCCCGAGAAUACUUGCCCCACAAACACAACCGCGCGCUUUUGGUAACCAUGUGUAUACAACACCGCACAGUACUCCAACAUCACCCCAACACCCCCCCCACUUUCAACUUUCUGGUUAUCAGCACACACUACCCUUACCACCCUCUACAUUACCAUCUAACAUUCCAGUAUCUAACGCCAUCAAUAUUCCUGUUCCAAGACAGGCACAGCAUCAAAUCCAGACUCCUUUACAGUCAUCCUUCACACACCAAAGCCCACAGAUAGCGCCAAUUACAACAUUACUUCCUCGCCCUGGGGCUCGUGUACCAGAAUUAGCGUAUCCUAACCCUUAUUUAAUCGGCCUCCAUCAGAUGGACCUAAGAGUUGGGACUCGUGAGCUGAUUGACCCUAAAGAUGAUGAUGACGACUCAAAGCAUCUUUUGAUUUACUUCCAGACUUUUGCUAUUCGCCCGUUUUGCAUUGGAAUUGUGCAUUCAAACUUCUCCUACGAAUUACAUCUCACGCAAAAUGACUUUAAGAAGCUCCCAGCGAAGAUACCCACAUCACAGUACGGAUAUCCGAUACUUGGCUAUAUUUCAGGUACCCAUACAUAUCAAUUGAGAUGUGUUCGACUGGAUUCGCCAACACAACAGCUAGCCGACCAAGAGUGGGCGACAGCGGAUUGUUGUUGGCCAGUGGCUAUUUAUAUCCAUAUCAACGACGUGGAACAUUUUGCGCGUCGCAAGUUCCACCAUGGAAAGGAUUUACCUCUUGAUAUAACUGGCUCUCUCAAGCAGGGUGGUAAUAAGAUCAAGAUAACUAUUUUACGAACCGAAGAUGAGUGCAACAAGUUAUUCUAUUCAAUUGGUGUUGAGAUACUUCAGAGUAUUUCGCGUGGGUCCGCCCGAAAUUCCGUCGAAAUCUUGUCUAAAUCGGCUUCAAUCAACCAAAUUAUGCAACGCCUCAAUGCCCCAGUAGUCGACGAUGAAAUUUCCAUUGUCGAUGACUAUAUUGCUAUUAACCUGAUCGACCCUUUUACGGCGCGUAUAUUCGAAACCCCCGUUCGUGGUAGAUUCUGCUCUCAUCUUGAAUGCUUCGAUCUAGACACCUUUCUCAAUACUCGCAUGAUGAAGGUUUCAAAAGGGCAGAACAUGGCAGGUCACUGGAAAUGCCCAAUUUGCAGCAGAGACGCACGGCCUAAAUCGCUUCUGAUUGACGAGUUUCUUCUGGAUGUUCGAUCUCAAUUAGCAUUAAACAACAGACUUGAUGAUGCAAAGGCGAUAACUGUGAGAAAAGAUGGCUUGUGGACUCCAAAAUAUGAGCAGAUUAAUGCUACAACAAACGGACUGGGAACAUCAUCUCGCUGCGAGGAAGAUACUGUGCGAAAAGUUGAAGCGCCGUCAAGAAGCACACCAUCUCUGCUCACGAGGAAGCCAACGCCGCAAGUGAUCGAAAUUGAUUAA